GUUUUGGAUGCCUAUAGAGAAUGAUAACCUGGAAGGAGUUGCUGAUCAAGCGCUGCUUCUCCUCAAUCAGAUGAAGCGAAAUCCAGAUGUGAUGCCGCCGUAUAACGAAGACGCCAUGCAUGCAUGCAUUGCCAAAAUGAACGAGCUUUAUAAUCUGAAUAACGAAUGUGUGACACGACUGCGAUCACAAGGAGAAAAGGCGAGCCGUGAACUCGAAGCACUAAUAGUCUGUCGUGAUGAAGCUCUUCAACAUAUACGUAGAUGCUGCUUAGCUUACAUUCACGCUCGAGCUGAAAGGAUACGAUCGUAUCGUUGGCGUUUAGGAGGAGUACUUCCUGCGUCUAUAAAGAAUAACUUGUGCGAAGCAGAGAUUGACUUUUUCAAUGAGUACAGCAGCAGUCUGGCUGAAUUUCAAGCAAGCAUUGGCGAGAACGGUGUCAAUCUUUUGCUGAGUACUCAUCCGCCGAAGGCACUUUAUGUGCAGGUACGCGUUCUUGAAAACUACGGAGAAUUUGAAACUUCAGACGGAAACCUGGUCAUGUUGCAAGUAAACUCUACGCACUCAUUACCACGACAUGAUUGUGAAAUGUUGAUUAGGCAAGGGAUUCUGGAGAUCGCCAACUAGCAAAGUGCCGGUAUCACGUUGUGUCCAAAGAUCUUCCGGAUAGCGCCGUAUCAUGUGAUUCUCUCUGAACUCGAUGGAAACGUCUAUUGUACUGAGGAUCUACUAUGACACUACUUUGAAU